ACUCGGAGUAAACACGGGUCGUGAGGGACAGUUGAAGAGCUCGCAGAUAGUAAAGGGCUGGCAACAAUAAUUAUACAAUAGCCUAUAGCAACGUCACAUUUUUGUUUUACAAAUAACUGGACCUGCAAAUUUGGACAAGACAGCUGAAAUGGAAACCAGGCAACAGGGUCUGCUGGAGACAGAACCACUGGAGGAAGUGGAUGAAGAGAUGGUGUCAGAGGUGGACCUCAACAACAGUGUCUCUGAGGAAGAGAGAGAAGAAAUUCAAACAGAACUAGUAAAGUUAGAGGAAGAGAUCUCCACCCUGAGACAAGUCCUGGCUGCCAAAGAGAAACAACAUGCUGAACUAAAACAGAAACUGGGAAUAACAGCGAUAAGUGAACUCAAGCAGAACAUUAACAAGAGUUGGUACGAAAUGCAGACCUCCACUGCCUACAAAAAGACGUCAGAAACGCUAUCAACAGCCGGGCAGAAGACCACUGCAGCUUUCAGCACGCUGGGGACAGCCAUCAGCAGGAGACUAGGGGACAUGAGAUCAAACUCAAUUGGAUACUCUAUCCGCCAUUCAAUGAGCAUGCCCACUAUGAGGAACUCACCCGGUUUCAAGACAUUUGAGGAGAAGGUUGAAAACACAGUUUCGACCCUAAAGUCCAAGGUCGGAGGAACUGGUAGUGGAGGCAGUUUUGAAGAGGUCCUGUCCUCCACUGCGAAUGCUAGCGCCCAGGAUACUCCCAGCAGCAGCGGACUGAUGGACAGCAGUGAGCGGACAUGCUAGGCCCCGCACCCGCUCCUCCGUGCUAUGCUCUCUACUGCCCCCUAUGGCCCCAGGACCACAUAGUCUACUGAGGAAAGCAAGUGAAUCAGAGGCCCCCAGAAGCAAACAAAAAGAUAAAAGUUUUUUGACACUACAAGCCUCUGAAACAAUCUGUCCUGAUAAAAGGACCGUACCCUACAUUACAAUGGUUUGGUUAUCACAUUUUGUUCUCAAAAGGUUAUAUGAACAUACUGAAUAUGUUCAGGCUGUUUAUAACAAUGUCUCUAGUCCAUGAAAUACUAAAACAUUCCAAAGCAUUCCUCAGAUGCUCUCCAAGUGUUUUGGAGCCAUAUUACUCAAUUGUGUCGUCUCAUUAUGUGAAAUAAACAAGGUAUUUACACCAGCAUACUUUUUAUGAUAUGCUCAGUCUCGUCAAUUUUCUGCAUUUUUUCAGCUGUCGCUUUACAAUAGAAAACAAUCUUAUGUUUUGUACUAAUACUUGAACUUGCUUGUGCUGUGGUGUCACACUAAAAUAUUUGAUUAACUUAAGGAGUGCUUGAUUAUACAAUGUACCCUGUUUGUCUUUUAAAACUUGAGACUGUGGGUUCACGAUUACUCUUACCGUAUCUCAUGUCCACACUCACCUCCGUCUGGAAAGUCAAGACACGGCAUGCCAGACCUAAACUCUUACCAAAUGACAAGCGCGUGUUCCUCGUAUAAAGCUUUGCAGAGGUUUAGGGAACUCUGUUUAACAUUCCUAUUUCUACGAUUGGUAAAAUUCCUAGAAGAUGAACCAACAAACCUGAUUUAUGUCCAUGUAAUUAUGUGUUUGACUAAUCUGCGUUUUUAUUUAUCAGUGGUUUUAAACCCAUUUUGCCGUGGUUUUAAUUGUUGGUCAUCAUUGAUGUUUUCAUCAGCAAAUGUCUUAGAACUGUCCCUCUUAUUUCAAUGUUCACUUUAAGACCUUUGAUGAUGUUACAUAUAAGCACAUCAUUUUUGUUUUUUUUUGUUUUUUAUAAACAAAAUUCUAGCUAGCUACCCGGUUACAGAGUAUACCACUGUAUGGAUAUACCAAACUGCAUUUUCUGCAGAUAUGUUAUUAAAACACCAAUUUUAAA